AGUAAAUGUCGCGGAAAGGACUUUACUCCCUUUUGCAAAGCCUUCUAAUUUUUUGUUGAUAUGUAUAUAUAGACUAGUAAAUGUCUAUAUAACCUUUUGUUGAUAAUGGAUAUCUAUGUUCUCCUGGAAGGCUGGAACAUUUAGACAGGUAAAUGCUUAAUCUUUUAUGUUAGGAAUGGGGACAAACAUAUAUAAUUUAAUGAAAAUAUUUAUAUAUAUACGUGUCCGUGUCCUAGUAUUUUGAGAAAUUGCCGGUCCUCGUGUCCGUGUCGUGUCGUGUCCGUGUCCGUGUCGUGUGUCGGUGCUUCCCAGCUUCUUAAGUAUUUCUCUGUGGAACUGGAAACUAGAGGAGACUGCUAGGGCUUUUAGGGUUCAGGAUAACAGACGGACGACUGAGCCUGAGAUUCAGUGAGAUUAUUGUUGUUGAUCAUAUAACCAAAGCUGAACCACUGCUGACGAGGACGGAACAAUGGCGGCAAUGAGGGCAGGGGGUUUGGUAUUGACGCGCCCUGUAACGUUUGUGACUGGAAAUGCUAAAAAGCUGGAGGAAGUUCGUGCUAUUCUGGGCACAUCAUUACCUUUCCAGUCGCUAAAACUUGACUUGCCAGAGUUACAAGGAGAGCCUGAGGAAAUCUCGAAAGAAAAAGCUAGAUUAGCUGCAAUUCAAGUAAAUGGACCGGUGCUUGUUGAAGACACAUGCCUUUGUUUUAAUGCCCUUCAAGGUUUACCAGGACCUUACAUCAAAUGGUUUCUUCAGAAGAUUGGUCAUGAAGGUUUGAAUAAUUUACUGUUGGCUUACGAGGAUAAAUCUGCUUAUGCUAUGUGUGUGUUUUCCCUUGCCCUUGGGCCUAAUACUGAACCGAUAACAUUUCUUGGGAAAACGAUGGGAAAGAUAGUGCCAGCAAGAGGACCAAAUGAUUUUGGGUGGGAUCCUAUCUUUCAACCAGAUGGCUAUGACCUGACUUAUGCAGAAAUGCCAAAGGAAGAGAAGAACAAGAUAUCCCACCGCUCGAGGUCUCUUUCCAUGGUAAAGUCCCACUUCUCUGAGGCUGGUUACACAUUUCAGAUAGAUUCAUCCACCUAAUAUAAGAGGAAUAAUCUAUGUUAGGUUAUAAGAAUCAGUUAUUAGUUAGACGUUUCUAUGAAUAUCUCAUAAUUGAAUCUCGGCAUUUAUAAAAUAUUAAAUGUUUAGUUGAAACCAAUUUUUGUUCAAUCUUAUUUGGUCAUUUGAUAGUGUGAAUGCUGCUAAAGAUUUAUGUGAUAAGUUGCAUAACCGGCUCAUUGUUAUUCUAAAGCCUCUUCUAUCUGUAUGCAACAGUGAUUCCUGCUUUGCUUGUGUUCUCUCAAUCCAAACUGUUGUAAGAGGGUUGAAAAAAAAAUAUUGUAGGUGUUAAUCAAAUUAGCUUUUGUAUCCUCAGCUGAAUAAGUAUCUUCUUCUGGAAGCAAUUUAUUUGUAUUA